AUGUACGACCAUGGCGCCUCGACGGCCGCCUUCCAACCCUACUCCCCCGAUGCUCUCUCCAGUCUCGACGUCAGCAGCCUAAUCGCCAGAUCUGGCGGCCUGGGAGGCAGUAGUACGGCACGACCAGCUUCCUUCAAGGCCAUUGGUAUUAGCUUGGCCAUUAGCUCUGGCUGCUUCAUCGGCGUCUCGUUUGUCUUGAAAAAGGUCGGACUCCUCAAGGCCAACGAAAAAUAUAAUGAGGUCGCUGGCGAGGGCUACGGCUACCUCAAGAACUUUUAUUGGUGGGCUGGCAUGACGCUUAUGAUUAUCGGCGAGAUCUGCAACUUUGUCGCAUACGCUUUUACCGACGCCCUCCUCGUCACCCCCCUCGGCGCGCUCUCCGUCGUCAUCACCACCGUCCUCUCUGCCAUUUUCCUCAAAGAACGACUUAGUAUUGUCGGCAAGGUCGCCUGUUUUCUUUGCAUAGUUGGCUCUGUUGUCAUUGUCAUUCAUGCCCCUCAAACCUCGUCUGUCUCGAAUAUUCAGCAGAUGCAGCACUUUGCGAUAACGCCCGGUUUUCUGACCUACGCCGGCGUCAUUCUCGUCGGCUCCACCAUCACUGCCUGGUAUGCUGGCCCCAGAUGGGGAAACAAGAAUAUGCUUGUCUACAUCUCCAUCUGCAGUUGGGUUGGCGGCCUGAGUGUCGUCUCGACGCAGGGUCUAGGCGCAUCCAUCAUUGCCUGGAUUGGCGGAGACCCAGAGUACAAGCACUGGUUCCUAUGGGUUCUGCUCGUUUUUGUCGUCUGCACUCUACUCACUGAAAUCAUCUAUCUCAAUAAAGCUCUCAACCUCUUCAAUGCCGCUAUGGUCACUCCCACCUACUACGUCUACUUCACAAGCACGACGAUCAUCACAUCAGCAGUCUUAUUCCAAGGCUUCAAGGCACCGGCCAUGGAUCUGGUGACGAUCGUGAUGGGCUUCCUUGUCAUUUGCUCCGGUGUUGUGCUGCUACAGUUGUCCAAGUCAGCCAAGGACGUUCCCGAUACGGCCGUUUUCCGUGGCGACCUCGACCAGAUUCAGACGAUCGCUGAGCAGGAACAGCCCGAGACGGAGCCCAAGGCGGACGCCAUUCGUGGUACUGCUGCGAUCGUGCGCAGAAUCUCUCAAGCGCGCCAGAAAAUGGAGGAGAGAGAAAUGGACCGCCUGCGCGAGGAAAAGUCCAUGGAUACCCUACAGCCGAUUAGGGAAGACGGCCAAGCCGAAUUCGAGUGGGACGGACUGCGACGACGCAAGACCCUGGCCGCAAGCACACGGAGUCGCUCCGUCACCUCCCCAGGCCCGGCGCCGUUCACGCCUCCACCGCCAAGCCCACACCCGCCCCUUGGCAUGUCAAGGUUCCCGAGUGACGAGGACAUGGAGGAGCAAGAGCGCCCCAGCACCAUGUUCUCUAGCAUCGUCGGCACCAUUAGGGCACGCUCCCGGACCAACGCGACCAUGCCUCCGUCAUAUGGUGACGAAGAGUCUGGGCGCAUGCGCAGUCCUGGGGGCAUCCGUCCCGUGCCGCUGACCGAGAUUGUUCUGCCUAAGCCCAACAACGACGAUGAGGCGGGCACUUACUACGGCGCAACGCGCGAGCACGUCUUCCCCCACGACACGGCGUAUCGAGGCGCGUCAGCGGGCAGCGGCCACACCCUACCGCCCACACCGCCGCCGCACUCGGCCCGUCGCCAGUUUUCGUUUCAGCGCGUCUUCCGCAAGACCCCAGACACCACUGAGGAGGAGCGUCUGGGCCUCGUCAAUCAAGUAGACGGCACGAGACGCGGCGAGGAGGAGGGAGGGUAUAAAGAAGAUGACGCGAACAAGAAGGGCUUUAUUUGA